AUGACUUCAUUUCAUAUAUUCCAACAUAUAUUUAAUUCAUCUUUUGAAUUCUAUGGUCUUUCCGAAUGGUUAUUAGAAAUAAUGCCUGAUAAUGUUAAUCUUACUCGUACAAAUAUAAAACAAUCAAAUAAUGGUUGGAUAUUUCGACGACAUAAUGCACAUUCAAAAUUUAUAUGUAUGUCAUGUACUGAAUCAACAUCUCAUUUAUUUAGACAAAAGAAAAAAAUCAAUAGUUGGUCAUCAGCAUUUACUACAAUACUUUUUCGUGCACGAUUAGAUAAAUCUCUCAAUGGUCAAAAUAUUGGUCGAAUACAAAUGAAAAUAUUUGAACAAGGUUGUCAAACAUGUAACACGUUUAGUACUGGUUUUCUUGAUGAAAAAGAAAUUAAAAAGACAUUUUAUCGUCUAUAUCUAUGGAUAUUGAAAGUAUUUUAUAAUGUUAAAUUAAUUGAUGAUGAAUUCGAAGAAAUUUGUAAUCAACCACAACGUUUAAAUCGAGGACAAAUAAUAUCACAUGAUUCAAGUCGAUGUGAUGGAUGUAAAGUUGGAUGGUGUCAAUAUUUAUAUAAAACUAAAAAUAUGACUAAACUUAAAAAACAUGUAAUUAUGUAA